AAUAACAAUCCCUUUCCCUCCCAUAUUUCUGGCACUGAAAUAGAACAUGUUCCACUGUCUCCAUCUCCUCCUGACAAUGAUCACACCUAACUGUUGCACCUUUCAUGACACUAGCAUCUUAUCCAAUCAAAUUCGUUUCACCUGUAAUCUUUUCUCCGUUUUUGUAGUUCUCUAAAUAUACAGGCGUAUUUGUAUACUAUUGGGAAAGGUGACUAUGAUGGCCAAAUUGGCCAUGUCCUCACCUCAAUAGCUAGGUUUCCAUUCAAUUGGCGACAGAUUUUCAUACCAAUCUAAAAAAAUAUGUUUCCAUCAAAUUUACUUGUGCAGAUAAAAGUAUUUGCGUGAUGACAUAGUGCACAUAUAAAUACCGUUUGCAGUUACAUUCCCAUGUAGGCUACGGAAUAAAAAAUAAAAGUAAAAUGGGUAUCCAUCGCAUUUUCAACUCUACUGAUGUUUUUCUCACAAAAUAAAGUUGCGUUAUAGCGAGUGUACCCACUCUGGUAUUGAUACGUGCGCUCUAGCAAGCAGUACUCUGAUUGCGGGCUUUUAGCUGGAGCGCAGUAUAGCCUACUGACCGUGACUGUCUCUGGUCCACACUCCAGGCCAGUUGGUGGCGGUAAUGCACCUUAAAGUUGGUUGCAACUAACAUAUAAAGUCCACAGAAGAAGAAGGUGCGACGGUUUGAAGAAGCGGUUGGACAAUAGGCUUAUGCUGUGAUUAUUAGGAAUAGCACAGCGUAGUUGUUUCUCCUUGAGGUGUAUAUGUAGUAAUGUUUUUCCUAAUUUGAAGUGAGACCUUCUCCGGUGUUAUCCAGACACGGGAGGACAGCUUUUCAAAAACAAUCUGAGCGAUCAUUUUCCUAGAUCCUACUUUCCUGCCCAGUCAGAUGUAAGUUUCUACCUGGAUGUCAGCACAACAUGAAUGUGGCAGCAGUUUUUGUUUGGUUCAGCCUGGUGGUCACUAAAGCCGUUUGUACUCGGGAAGAGUACCGUCUGGUGUGCUAUGUGAACAGCAGGACCCAGCACCAUCCUGACAUGCUUACCUUCAGCCUGGACAUGGCUGACCCAUUCCUCUGCACUCAUAUCAUCAUGGCCUACAUGGACCUGGACCAGGACUAUCACAUCACACCCUUCACACAGGAGGAUAAGACCCUCUGCAACUCCCUCAACAUGCUCAAAGAGGGGAACCCAGAUCUGAAAACUCUGCUUGCUGUUGGGGGAAGGAACUCUACUGACACCAGGCUCCUAAAGAUGUCCUCUAACAACACCAGGAGGAAGACGUUUGUCCAGUCUGUUCUGAAACACCUGAUGCAGGAGGGCUUUGAUGGACUGGAUGUGGUGUGGCAACCUCCCUCUGCUUCUAAUGUAGCUCAGGGGGGAAAAAAUAUAUUCACUAAUCUGCUCAAGGAGCUGCGUGGAGGAAUUCAGGAGGAGGCUCGUGUCUCAGGGAUUGAGGCCCUGCUCCUCUCCACAGCAGUGUCAGGCCUGGAAGACUAUGCCAGAGAGGCCUACAAUGCACAUUCCUUCCCCCAGUAUGUUGACUUCAUCUCCUUGGUGACGUCUGACCUCCACGGGCCACUGGAGGGAAUGUUGGGUCACAUCAGUCCAUUGUUCAGCCGGAAACAUCCAGCUAUGGACACACCUCAGAGAGAAAACCAAGUGCAGUACUGGCUCUCUCAGGGAGUGGAUUCCCAGAAGCUGACUCUGGGGUUCCCUGCCUACUCACCUGUACCCCGAAUCCUGGGGAACGAGAUAAAUUAUGACAAGGAAGAUACAGAGCUACAAGAGGACGCAGCGGAAUAUACUGAGACUGAUACUACUGUACGUGUUAUGGCCUACCAUGAGGUGUGUCAGUACCUCAAAAGUGGGGCGGUGGUGAAAUUUGAUAAGAGCAAGAAGCUGAUACAGACACAUGAAUACGAUCACUGGCUGAACUUUGAAUAUAUACAUAUCCUGAGGGAGAAGAUGAGAGCGCUGCAGCGUCAGGAGCUGGGUGGAGCCAUGGUGUGGUCUCUGGAUCUGGAUGACUUCACGGGGACGCUGUGUUGCAAAGGUCGCUUCCCGUUCACCAGACUGCUCAAAGCGUCGCUUCUCAGGGAUAAGGGGCCACGACAUCAUAAACGACACCACCGCUCACGCCACCGUCAUCACCAUCGCCAUCCACAUCGUCAUGGUGGUUUCCUUUCCCAUGACAGCCAUCGCACUGGUUACCAUGUCCAUUGUCACCGUCACCUUGACCGCCACAACACUUACUCACACAGUGGAGUGUGACUGUAACGUAACUCACUACACUGGCAAGACUCAACAUACCAUCCCUGGGGCCUCAGGUAGCCUAGUGGUUAGAGUGUUGGACUAGUAACCGAAAGGAUGCAAGAUCGAAUCCCCGAGCCGACAAGGUAAAAAUCUGUCGUUCUGCCCCUGAACAAGGCAGUUAACCCACUGUUCCUAGGCCGUCAUUGAAAAUAAGAAUUUGUUCUUAACUGACUUUCCUAGUUAAAUAAAGAUGAAAUGUAAAAAAUAAUAAUAAAUCCCUGCAAGAAGAUAUUAGCAUAGUUGUUUUAUAUGGUAGAUCAGGUCGGACUGUUUGUUGGCUCUGUGAGUGAUUUCUGUCAUGGUAUAGUAGAGAUGAGGCUUUAGAUUUAGCUUCAUAACUUGCACUCUGGCCUCUAUGGUUGAAUACCAUAGAGUUCCAAAUGUUACUGCUUUACAAAUAAUAAAAUGAAUGGCUCCGUUUCCAUGGCCUAAUAUAAAGUGUUGAUAUGCCAUUAAAUGACAGAUCGGUUUCA